AUGUCAAAAAUACAACCUUUGCCUGAAAAUUUACAAAAAGUAGCAAUUGAAGAACUGGGAGAAGUGCCCUCAAGACUCUACGAUGAUUUACAGGCUUUGGAGCUAUGGAUUCAACAGCAACCACAUUUAAGGGCUCGAACGGAUCAUCAAUUGUUAGUGCAAUUCUUGAGAGGCUGUAAAUUUAGCCUUCAACGGGCCAAGGAGAAAUUGGAGAGCUAUUAUAGCCUAAAAUCAAAAUAUCCUGAGCUACAAAAUCCCACAGAUGUUGAUGCACCACAGCUAAGGAAUUUAUUUCAAAUGGGUUGCAUUGUCCCCCUGCCCAGACCCUUGAAUGAUUGUGGAACACGAAUUAUGCUCUAUCGUUAUAAUUACCCUGUGGAUAAAUUCUCCAUUCAAGAUGUAAUUUUACUCGAUGUACUUCUACAUGAUAUUUUACUAAUCGAUGACCCGUAUGCCUGCAUUUAUGGUGUUAUAUAUUUGGUGGACUUAUCCAGUUUUUCGGCGGGACACAUAUUACAAUUUUCUCCUAGUGUCCUUAAAAAAUCACUAACCUAUAUGGAAAACUCUUUGCCACUGCGUGUCAAAGCAAUGGGACUGAUUAAUAUGCCCACCUUUGCAGAACAAUUUUGUAAUUUAUUUAUAUCGUUUUUAUCGAAGAAAUUGAGAGAGAGGGUUUUCUUUUGCAGCAAAAAGCUGGAACAUCUGAGCGAUAAGAUUCCCUUGAAAUAUUUACCCGUGGAUUAUGGUGGUGAAAAUGGUCGACUGGAAGAGAUAUGUUCGGAUUAUACAAAAAUAUGGAAUAAAUAUCGUCUAUACUUUGAGGAAAAUUUGCAAUAUGGUGUUGAUGAACAUUUGCGUCCUGCCAAGUCCAUAAAUGAUGGCAUGUAUGGUAUGGGUGGAACAUUUAGGAAAAUCGAUGUGGACUAA